AGCGGCUGAAGCCAAACCCUGGUGGUCUAGAUUUGAUCACCGCCAGCACUAAGCGGGGGACGAGAGAGAAGCCUUCGGGCGCGGCAGAGUGCAGCUGUGAACGCACAAUGCACAAUGCAGAGCCAUGCAGCACAUACUGUACUACUACACAUAUUUGUAGGCGCUGGACCCGCGCCGUGUCGAUCCGCUACCCCCGAGCACAGCCUCAGUCCUUGCUCUGGAACAGGAACGCUCCUCUGGCAGCCCGCUGUUUUUCUCCUCUGCAAACAUCUCGCUCACUUUAGCCCCCUCGUUGGGCACCCAUCCCACACCAGACAUACUCGCAGCACCACGGUUCUCCAGUCGGCCUCUUCCAUCCCGACAUUCAUUUACACCGCUGGACUGCCGCUGCGAGAUUCUGGCUUCGAGGACAGUUUGCUGCGAGCGUUAUCGACGGGCCCCAGCGACUUUGCCCGCCGUUCUGCGAUCCACCCCCUUCUUUUUGGAUAUACUCUUUCUUACUCGCACUCCUUCAAGUACGGCACUGCGUGCUUAGUACACAAGACACACUUUCCUACGCAAUUCCAUCACAUAGCCGCGCAAGACUUCACGCGCAUGUUACACUAUACUACUACUACUAAUUAGCGGUACCAUAAGUAGACCAUCUGGCCAUUCCAUACAUUGUCGUGUGGGUAGUGUUUGUGGAGACCCCCAAGGCUUGCUUGCUUGCUUGCUUGCUUGCUUAUUUGCUUGCCUGGCUUGGCUUCUAUA